AUGCCACACGAUGACGACUACAAAUGUCAGCAGUGGAAGAAGGAAAAUCAAAAGCACAAUGUGAUGUCUCGCAUGCUGGACCACAACACUUACCCUUGGGCAUGGAGCGAAUGCUCCAAACACCACCUCACUGAAUACCUUGAUUUAAAUAUGCCACACGAUGACGACUACAAAUGUCAGCAGUGGAAGAAGGAAAAUCAAAAGCACAAUGUGAUGUCUCGCAUGCUGGACCACAACACUUACCCUUGGGCAUGGAGCGAAUGCUCAAAACACCACCUCACUGAAUACCUUGAUAUAGCCGGUGUGCAAGAGGUUGUGGUGCACGACGGGCAAGGGCGAGCACGAGGGGUGUCGGACGCAACACAUGCCCUGGGCCGAGGGGACCAAGUGUGGGGCCGGGAUGUGGUGCAAACGCGGGGAGUGCAUCCGGAAGAACGAGGACGUGAAGCCCGUGCAUGGGAGCUGGGGACCUUGGAUGCCUAUAGGAAACGGUUGGGCGGUUGGGGAGAUUGUUCUCGGAAUUGCGGAGGCGGCAUCAAGCGGUCCAUUCGACAGUGCGACUCGCCGACGCCGAAACACGGCGGCAAGUAUUGCGUGGGGCGCCGCGUGAGGUACCAAUCGUGCGCCACUGAGGACUGUCCCGACGGCACCGUCAACGACGACGACUUCCGGGCCAAGCAAUGCGCCGACUUCAACGACAGCAACUUCAACAUCCAGGGCUUGCCGAAAAACGUGCAGUGGACCCCGAAAUAUUCCGGCAUUGCUCCGAAGGACUCCUGUAAGCUAUUUUGUCAAGUGGCCGGAUCAACGGCUUAUUACCUUCUGCAGGACAAAGUGAUUGACGGGACGCCUUGCGGACCGGACACGAAUGACAUAUGCGUGAAUGGGAUUUGCAGAGCAGCUGGCUGUGACCAUGUGCUGAGAUCCAAUAAGAAGACUGACAUGUGCGGGGUUUGUGGAGGCGACAAUACGACUUGCCAAGUCAUCACCGGCCACUUCAACGACGUGGAAUACGGCUACAAUCACGUCUUGCUGUUGCCAGCUGGAGCAGCAAACAUUGACAUCCGGCAACACGGUUACCAGGGUUCCAACAAGGACGACAACUACCUAGCAUUAAGGGUUCCUGAUCCGGGAGACGAUUAUCUGCUGAAUGGGAAGUUUGUGGUCAGCAUGUUUGCAAAGACACUGAAAUACGGAGGAACCCAGAUUGAUUACUCGGGUUCAGGAGCAGUUACGGAGAGAAUCAAUUCCACUGGAAGACCAUUGCACAAAGAUUUGGUAGUUGAAGUGCUGACCGUGGGGAAUUUGUACCCACCUGACAUCCACUACAGCUACACCAUCUCUGUGUCUGAGCUGACCAAGUACCGGAGGGUACUUGUUGGGGGAUGGUCAGACUGCAGUCAAGUCUGUGAUGGAAUAAGAGAGAAAACGGUUGGCUGUGUUAGAAUGCCAGACAGAAAGCCAGUUCCUGAUCUGAAUUGCAAAGAUUUACCAUUUCCCGAAAGACCGAGUGAGCCUUGCAACACUCACUGCAAACUGAGCUGGGAAGUAGUGCAUAGAUCAGAAUGCAGUGCAAGGUGUGGGCCAGGUUUCAGGCGGUUGACUGUCAAAUGUACGCAGAUUUUCCAGGAUUUCAGGGACACAUUGCAUGACAAGCACUGUGUACAUUUGGAACAUUUGAAACCGAGGGAAACUGAGGCUUGUGAGGGGGCUUGUGAAGAUGUUCAUUGGAGAUUCAGUGACUGGAGUGAUUGUUCUUCGAGUUGCAACGGUGGCACACAAACCAGAACAGCUGAGUGUGUGGACGAAUUGGACAGAAUAGUUGAAGCAAAACUGUGCAAUGAUUCCGAAAAGGUCGUUUUGCGAUCUUGUGGAAACGGUGAUUGCCCUCAUUGGGACGUUGGCAACUGGACACCGAAAAUGUUGAUAGAGCUUUCCUAUUUAGAGUGA